UCUUCUACCAGCCGACUUUAUUUGAAGAGUAGAAAAUUAAAAUAAAAAAACAUUGGAACUGCAAAUCCAUGGCGGAAAACAUGAGCUUGGCAAUCGAUCCAAGGAGUGGCUUUUGCCGGUCCAAUUCUACCUUCUACAGCAAGCGCAAACCCAUUCCUCUCCCCAAGAACCACUCCCUCGAUGUCACCACAUUUAUCUCAGCUCGGGCUCACCACGGUAAAGUUGCCUUCAUCGACGCCGCUACCGGCCGCCAUCUCACCUUCUCGGAGCUUUGGAGGGCUGUUGAUUCCGUCGCCACGUGUCUUUCCGACAUGGGAAUCCGGAAAGGCCAUGUGGUUCUACUCCUUUCACCCAACUCCAUCUUCUUCCCCAUUGUUUGCCUCUCUGUUAUGUCCCUGGGCGCUAUCAUAACCACCACCAACCCUCUCAACACGGCUAAUGAAAUCGGGAAACAAGUGGCCGAUUCUAAGCCAGUUCUCGCCUUCACUAUUCCUCAACUCCUCCCUAAAUUAGCAGGCUCCGCCAUCCCGAUCGUGCUUCUAGAAGAUCACUUGAGCAGUCAGGCUGGGGAAGCGAAGAUUGUAACAACUUUACAUCAGAUGAUGAAGAGGGAACCGAGUGGGAGUCGAGUGAGGGACCGAGUCAACCAGGAUGACACGGCGACUCUGCUUUAUUCCUCUGGUACGACAGGUGCUAGCAAGGGAGUGGUUUCAUCUCAUAGAAAUCUUAUAGCCAUGGUACAAACGGUUAUAAACAGGUUCAGCAUAGAAGUAGGAGAAAAGUUCAUCUGCACGGUUCCCAUGUUUCACAUCUACGGCUUAGUAGCCUUUGCCACUGGGUUGUUGGCCUCUGGAUCAACGGUCAUAGUUUUAUCGAAGUUCGAGAUGCACGACAUGCUAUCAACCAUCGAGAAGUACCGGGCAACCUACCUACCUCUGGUGCCACCAAUUCUGGUGGCGAUGGUAAACGCCGCCGAUCAGAUACGGAAGAAGUACGAUCUGAGUUCGUUGCAUUCGGCGUUGUCAGGUGGGGCACCGCUGAGUAAAGAAGUGAUUGAGGGUUUUCUGGAGAAGUAUCCGAAUGUAAAGAUUCUUCAAGGGUACGGUUUGACUGAGUCAACUGGGAUUGGUGCGUCGACGGACUCAUUGGAAGAGAGCCGAAAGUACGGUACGGCGGGGAUGUUGUCGCCUAGCAUGGAGGCUAAGGUUGUGGACCCUGAUAGUGGUAAGGCUUUGAACGUGAACCAGACGGGUGAGCUUCGGCUUAGGGGCCCCUCCGUUAUGAAAGGUUAUUUCAGUAAUCCAGAAGCAACGACGUCAACACUUGACUCGGACGGAUGGCUGAGGACUGGCGACUUAUGCUAUAUUGAUGAGGAUGGCUUCAUAUUUAUAGUUGACAGGUUGAAGGAGCUGAUUAAGUACAAGGGAUAUCAGGUGAAUGACCCCCCAAAUUGGCUUGCCUUUUGUACAAGGGAUAUAACAAACAAACAAAGUGAUAGUUUUGAUUUGUGGCAGGUUCCUCCUGCAGAGCUUGAGGCAUUGCUCCUUUCCCACCCGGAAAUCUUAGAUGCUGCGGUUAUUCCGUUUCCUGAUAGGGAGGUUGGGCAGCUUCCGAUGGCUUACGUGGUAAGAAAACCCGGAAGCAAUUUAUCGGAGACAGGAGUGAUGGAUUUCGUGGGUAGACAGGUUGCCCCAUAUAAAAGAAUUCGGAAAGUGGCAUUUGUAGCUUCAAUACCCAAGAAUCCAUCUGGCAAGAUUCUUAGGAAGGAUCUCAUAAAGCUCGCCACCUCCAAACUUUGAACAACAUCUAUAAUUUGUGAAACACCACCACUACUUGAUGCUUCUGCCUGCGUUCAUGGCCCUUUUUAUCUAUUUUAUGCUGUAAUAGAUUUUCUUUUACUUGUUUAUUAUGAUUAUAUUAUGAUGUUAAUUUGGAAGUUUUAAAUAACAAGAUUUAGUAUAAA